AUGGCAUUGCUAUCCAAACUCAAGAACAUCGCCGUAGUCGGUGCCAAUGGCAACGUCGGUUCAUACAUUACCUCCGCUCUCCUUGCGAAGAACCAUUUUAACGUCACCGCCAUCACGCGUACGGAGUCCAAGGCCACUUUCCCAUCUGGCGUCAACGUCGCACGCAUCGAUUACGACAGUCAAGACACCAUAGUCAAAGCCCUGACCGGACAAGAUGCACUAGUCAUCACAAUGAGCGUAUUCGGUGGUAAUGCGCAGGAGAAGCUCAUUCGUGGAGCAGCCCAAGCUGGCGUACCAUGGAUUCUACCAAACGAGUUCGGCAUGUACAACACGGAAGAGAUCCAGAACGAAACCAUUGGGCCUGGCAAGGCGAUAGCUCGCAAUCUUAUCGAGUCGCUCGGAGUUUCCUCGUGGAUAGGCGUGACCUCCGGCUUCUGGUACGAGUACUCUCUCAGCGGCGCUUACUUCGGCAUCGAUAUUCCGAAACGAGAGGUCGUGUACUUUGACGAUGGGAAGCAGCGACUGAACACUGCCACAUGGCCCCAGACCGGGCUGGCUGUGGCGAACUUGCUAUCUUUGCCAGUAUCGGCAUCUGAUGGCAACGGGCCGACACUGGAGCAGUACCGCAACCGGAUGACUUUCGUAUCGUCGUUCGCCCUUAACCAACGGGAGAUGUUCGAGGCGGUACAGAAGGUUACUGGCACCACGGAGAAAGACUGGAAGAUUACGUCGGAGCCGUUGAAGCAGCGCUUGGCAACUGCUAGGGAGAAGAUGAUGAUGGGUGAUCGCAUGUCUUUUGCGACAGCUUUGUACACGAGGUACUUCAUUGAUGAGGCAGGUCUGUUCGAGAGGGAUCAUAAGCUGAGCAACGAUGAAUUGGAACUUCCAAAGGAGGACCUCAUUGAGGCUACGAAGCGGGCUGUGGAUCUGGCGAAUACCGAUUUUCACAAGAAGAUGUACUCAUAG